CGUCACUUACAAGACUACAAUGAAACACUUCACCUUUGUGAAAAUCUCAAUUGCAAAUGCAUUCCUCAUAUAAUCUCAUAAUUUUGCAUGUUGGCAUCAAUGAAGAGGGCGUGUUACUAUUUUGCAUCGUUAUGGUGGUUACGGUUUACAUGCGGUGAAUUCUAUGCAUGCAAUACUGCGCAGCCUGCGCAGUUUUGUGCGGAUAUUAGGGCGGCUAGGGCGAGUGCGAAGACAUAAGUGCAUGUGUUUGUGCAGUGAAAAUUACAGUGCUGAGUAAAUACAUACGUGAGAUGUCUUUCUUGUCGAGAUGCUGUUGUACAAGCACAGUUAUACUUAACGUAAGGAGACAUGUCACUAUCAACAUUGCUCAAACGUAUUUCAAGGGGCAGCGUAGCAUUUUCAACUGUCUACAUAUGUGGAAGAUGAAACCAGCAAGUUUCAUUCAAAGUGCUAUUACAGGCUUACGAGGCACUACGACAGUAACAUUGAGUACACGUAAAGGUAUAACACCUUCAUCAAGAAAAGUUGUUGGCUAUUGGCUGCUUGGAUGCAGUGGUAUGGUGUUUGGUGCAGUUGUUUUAGGUGGUGUUACUAGAUUGACUGAAUCUGGACUUUCAAUGGUCACAUGGAAACUGUUUGGUGAAAAGGUCCCUUUCACAAAAUUGGAAUGGGAGGAUGAGUUCCAAAAAUACCAGCAGUAUCCAGAAUUUAGAAUUAAAAACAAAAACAUAACACUGGAACAGUUCAAGUGGAUAUGGUGGAUGGAAUAUGGGCACCGUAUGUGGGGACGCGCUAUUGGUGCAGUAUUCAUAAUUCCUGCAACAGUAUUCUGGGCAUGUGGUUGGUUGAAACCAGGAAUGAAGAAAAGGAUCAUUGCAUUUGGAACCUUGAUUGCUUUACAGGGCUUGAUGGGUUGGUACAUGGUACAGUCCGGAUUAGAAGAUCGUUUCCAUGGUGACAGUGAUGUCCCACGAGUGUCCCAAUAUCGACUUGCAACACAUCUAAGUUUGGCCUUCAUUUUAUAUACACUUCUGCUCUGGUCAGCUUUUGAUCAUCUUCUUCCAGCGCAGAGACUUACAGAAGCUGCAUCUGCCUCUGCACGACGAUUCAGAUGGCUGACACAUACUUGUAAAGGCAUGAUAUUUCUAACUGCCCUCUCAGGUGCCUUCGUAGCUGGUUUGGAUGCAGGCUUGGUGUACAAUUCUUAUCCAAAAAUGGCAGAUAAGUGGAUUCCUGAUGACAUUAUGGCAUUUACACCAAAAGUCAGAAAUAUCACUGAAAACCCAACAACAGUCCAGUUUAACCACAGAUUGUUGGGAACGUCGACUCUUGCUCUCAUCUCUGGAAUGUGGCUGUUGUCUCGCAAGCUGAAACUGCCACCUCGAGCCCACACAGCUGCAGCAGCAGUUGCUGUCAUGGGGUGGACGCAGGUGAUUCUUGGUAUAUCUACACUACUGCUGUAUGUACCAGUACCACUUGCAGCAAGUCAUCAAUCUGGAUCAUUGGUGCUCCUUUCACUUGCUGUUUGGCUUACUCACGAGCUCAAGUAUAUUAAAAGGCUACCAAAAUAGUAUGAACAGUGUUGAAGUAAUCUAAACUUCGCCCCCCCCUCCCAUUAUUGGGAAGUGAAGAAUGGUUUCCAGCAUAUUAUAAGUGUUGAAGAUUUGAAGUUUUAAUGGCAGUGAUUUUGAAGACGACUGUCUUCUGGGAUGUGAUGGUAGAUCAUUACUGGCAAUUCAGAGGAACAUAUGCCUUCAAUUUCAGGGUGGAUGGCUCUUCUACCUUGAAGAAGAAGGCAGCACUGUCCUCCAAAAUAUCAGUGACAGUCUACCAGAGAACUCAUCACAUCUCAGAAGACAGUAAUCUUUUACUAUAAUAAAAUACUUUUUAACAUCAGGACAAGGAGAAAGAAAGAUUAUGAAUCAUACAAGAGGUUGUAACAUUUUUGCCCAUGCAUGAGACGUUCUCAGCUGAAUAAUGAAGAAGUCAUGCUUGUAGAGGAGAACUUUGUUUUGUUGUUUGAGAUAUUAUUUUUUUCUGUUGAAUUCCAAACUAUUGGCAUAGAUUCUGUGGUCUUAGUGCUGGAUAGCCUUAACACCUGGAAUUUACUUAAUAGACACCAUUUUUAAUUAACAUUUUUUAUACUGUAUCCAUAAUUGGUCUAAAUGUCUUGCCUAAAAGAUAGUAUACAGAGCUGCAAGACCUGGCCCCAGUUUUUUCAAGGGCUGGAUCUUUAUUCUUGUUCAUUCCCAUGUGUCAUUCUUUCUCAUCAAUCAAACAUUAACCAGAGUCCAUAGAUCCCAAAGAAAAACGUUAAAAAAAAAGAGCAUCAAAUGUCUCACUUUGGUUCCUGUAGCAAUGGCUCUGAAACUUAUUUUGUGUAUUGACUAGAUAAAUAUGGGAAAGGGGAAAAACGUAACACACAGAGACCUUCCCCAUUCCAUCUCAACUGCUACAACGGAACUAUUGAUAAUGCUGUAAAUGAUACCAGUAAAAUAAUGUCAGAAGUUUUGUUCUGGUUUUGGGCUUUAUUGGCAAUUCUGGUUACCACCCAGAGGAUCCUCAAGUGAUUGACAAACCAUGAAAUUGUUAAAUGUCUUUAUUCGUAACAUUUGUAUAUAUAUAAAUCAGAAGGGAAGACGUUGACUCUUGUUGUUCAGUGUUCAGUAUAGUGAACAUAACUGGCUUUAACUGUGAUAUCAGUUGCAUUAUGAUACCUGGGAGAUUUUCAAAACCACUGCUGAACACCACCAGUCAGUGGAUUGUUCAGCAUGUAAGUCAUGGUAUCCAUAUUCCAGCCAUGCUCUGUUAAGUGUCAUAUCAUGUUAUUAAACCCCUGUACCAGAUGA